UUACGACUUCUUUCUUCGCCACGGUGGCGAAAACGUUGAAAGGCAAUUGUCAGAUACAGUUAAACUGGCUCUCGUCCGUCUCUUUCCGUCGUCCGUCGUCUAACUCUGCAUUUCAAGGUCCCGCGAAGGGCUAAAAUUAAUUCUUGUGCAAAACCCAGAAAUGUUUACGGGGCUUAGCCAUUUAUCCAGCAGCUGAAAUCUAUAUCUUUGUGUUUUUUUUCCUCUCAGAGCUGUGGCUUUGUAGGAGUAUCUAUUUAUUCUAGACGCUGUUGCUAGCAGCUCUGAUGACCAAUGCCUGUAUCACUAGAUUCAAUAGCUUUCACAAGGCAACGGUGGCAAUCCCUCGAAGAAGAAAGUUUGGAAUUGUUUUUCUUAGAUCAUUUUGCACGUGUGCAUCAGCAUGUCUCUCUCAGAGUGUCCCCCUUUUUCAUCACCCUUCAUUAUUCUUGACUGCACACCUCAAGGCCUCAGAUGCUCCACAGCGUUCUGAUGAAUGGUUUGCACUUCGCAAGGACAAGUUAACUACAAGCACAUUCAGCACUGCUCUGGGAUUCUGGAAAGGGAAUCGUCGGUACGAGCUCUGGUAUGAGAAAGUGUUUUCACCAGAUGAGCAACUAGUGGAAGCUUCUAGAAGGUAUGCCAUGGACUGGGGUGUUCUGAACGAAGCAGCAGCUAUAGAGCGCUACAGAAGCAUCACUGGUCGUGAUGUUAGCUCCCUUGGUUUCGCUAUCCAUUCAGAGGAGCGCUUUGAAUGGAUUGGUGCCUCCCCAGAUGGACUUCUCGGUCACUUCCCAGGAGGUGGGAUUUUGGAAGUGAAGUGCCCGUAUAAUAAAGGAAAGCCAGAGACAUGUCUGCCUUGGAAAAGAAUGCCCUACUAUUACAUGCCUCAAGUGCAGGGUCAAAUGGAGGUAAUGGAUAGGGAGUGGGUUGAUUUGUAUUGUUGGACUCCUAAUGGGAGCACAGUAUUUCGGGUAUGCAGAGAUCGUAAGUAUUGGGAAUUGAUACAUGGCAUCUUAUGGGAAUUUUGGUGGGGAAAUGUGGUUCCAGCAAGGGAAGCUCUUUCAUUGGGAAGGGAGGAGGAAGCCAUGUCACACAAGCCAACACCAACGCAUAGACAAACAGGUCUUGUAAUUAGUAGAAGCUUGAAGUUGGCUGGUGAGGUGAAGUUGUUGUGCAGGGAAAUAGGAGGCCAUGUUGAGUUUUAUCGAUGAUGGGCUUUUGUGUUAUGCAAAAAUGAUUAACAUCUUCAUGAGGAUAGUUGUCCCUUAAUAUGGCACCUCAAUUGGUAACUUAAUUGUAUAUCAAGGUUAUAAAAUAUGGUGUAAUAGUAGGUGACACUUGAUUUGCCAGAGUACCAUGUAA